AUGUCAAAUUUUGGUGCGUCGAGGUCGAUCCCAAUUGAUCAGACCCAUCUAGUCACAGCCGUGCAAGGAACAUUCGGAUACUUGGACCCGGAAUGCUACCACACUGGCCAACUCAACGAGAAGAGCGACGUUUACAGCUUUGGAGUGAUACUUCUCGAGCUAUUAGUAAGGAAGAAGCCAAUCUUUGAGAAUGAGAACGGCGAGAAGCAGAACCUGUCGAACUAUUUCCUAUGGGCGAUAGGUGAAAGGCCCCUCGAGGAGAUAGUGGACGACCAGAUUCUAGGGGAAGCAAGCGAGGAAGCGAUCGAGGGCACAGCUCGGCUGGCACAGGAGUGCCUCAGCCUGACGCGAGGGGAGCGGCCUACCAUGAAAGAAGUGGAGAUGAGGCUGCAGAUGCUGAGGACCAGCCACGCCGUUGCUCCAAGGUCGAGGAUGGACGAGGCGGUCCGUCCUCAAAUCAACGGGAUUAUUGGUGCUGUUCUGGUGGCUGCUGGUCACCACGGCUCACGGCAGUACAGCCUAGAGCAGGAGUUGUAG